GGCUAGAACCAUUUUACGAUAUAAGCAAUUACGAUAUACUGUUGAAUGAUGCCGCGGCGUGAAGAUCGGACUUAGGAAUAUGGAUUGCCAGGACACCAGGGACAUUAGCCUCUCGAACAUAUUCGAGGAGUGCUGCCUGAGCGACAAGGAGAACAGCCAGCAUGACCCACCGUCGUCUGACGAUCUACGGCCGUGCAAAGUGCCCCAAGUGGCACUGGCACUGGCACUCUCAACCGCAACAACAACCACAACAGCAGCAGCAGAACCAUCACUGGUCGAGAUCUUGGACUGCAACAGUAACGACAGUAGCAUCAUAUGUUUGGUGGACUCGUCCAGUUCAUCCUCAUCCGCGUCGUCGCCGUUUAGCUUCUUCCAGCCCACCACCUACUACUCCUCCUCGUCCGAUGAGGUAGAGGUGGUGGAGAGUACCCAAAAUCUGGAGCACAUAACCAUCGGGGAGACGGAUGAGAGUGUUGACGCACUUCCCACUAGCCCCAGCUCAGCUUCAGCCUCGACUCCCAGCAGUAACAACAGUAACAGUAACAGUACCAGUGGAAGCAGUGGCAGCAACAGGAAUAUGAAUACCUCGCGAUCGGCCAAAAAGCGCCGGACACCGGGGGGCGAGGUGUCCGUGGUGCCGGCCAAGAAACAUAGCUCAGGCAUAGAGGAGUUCAUGGCCAUUAGAAGACAUGACAUGAACCUGAAAAGAAAUGCUAUCCGCGGGGAACAACGCGCCGCGUCGGCAGUGGCGCCACCAUCCAGCCCCAAAGUGGUGACCCGCAGCGGACGAACCGUCCAUGUCCGGAUGGAUAGGAAGUUUGAUUAUUCCUCAUCGCUGGCCGAGGACGGGGAGGAUGAGUCUUUCUCCAAUUCUUUGGACAGCGACGACGAGGACUAUCAGCUGGACCUUAAUCCCGAGAAGCCAAAGUGGGCGUCCCGCAAGCAGCGUCGCCUCAUGAGCCACGGCAGCACCAGCAGCAGUGCCAGUGACACAAAUAGCUCGAACCUGGAACCGGAGCCAGCCUACAUCUAUCUGGAGCUGGGACAGCCGGUGGUGUUUGUCCGCGAUGAGCCGGAGGACGGCGUAACCCUGGACAACGAUCCGGAUCUGAAGACCAAGGUGCACAAGUUCCUGGGCCUCAUAGCGGCACGUCGUCGCCUCUACAAUCCGAUCCAGAACUAUGACACCGAGGAGGCGGACGAGGAGAAGGCCGGCUCCUCCUCGUGGCAGCGCAGCGUCCUCUUUCAAUCCUCCACGCCCGUCAAGGCGCCAGCCACUGCUCCAGCUCCGCCCAGUCGCCUAGUGGCGCCCAGUAUUUCAAAGACGACCACCUGGUCGACCCUCAACCUGUCCUACGCCCAGCCACCAUCGGUGGAGGAGAAGCAGGCCAAAUACUACGGGGAUCUGGUGCUGAACGCCAAUGCCAGUUACAUGGAGUCUGACACGCCGGACAUCAUCAAGGAGCCGAUCGAUCUCGCCGGUCUACCACCCGAGAAGGUACGCAACCAGAUCUGUCGCCGGCACAAGUCCAACAUCGCCUGCCUGGAGACCAAUCCGCUCUUCUACAGAUUCGUAGAGUCUCUGAACCCUGCUAUACCGAGUAAUAUGUGCCAUCCGUUGGCGUUGAAAUACCGCGACUUCCAGAACUGCAAGACCGACGUGGCCAAGGUCGUAUUCAAUGUCUUCAAUCACGGCAUCUUCCACUGCGGUCUGGAGCCGACCAUGAUAUGGAAGCGGGUCAUGCCGCAGCCCUGCAUCUGUGAGAUGGUCAUCUCGUCCACGGGCCAGCGGACGGCCCGGAUUCUGUUGUGGGAACAGAUCACCCAGCCGGGCAUGCUCAUCAAGCCGCUGCUCCACGAGAUGUGCCAUGCGGCGGCGUUUAUGUACAACCGGGAAGCCGGACACGGCGACAACUGCCGGAGAUGGGCCUACCAGGCCAGGCACCUCAUGCCGGAGGUGCCCACCAUCGAUGACUGCGAGCCGGACGUCAAGUACGUGUGUACGAUGUGUGUGCGCUGUUCCUACGGGCGGAUUCGUUUCCAGCCGGAUAUCAUCGGCCAGUUGCGAUGUCAUUACUGCCAGUUCGAGGUGACCGUGGAGCCAUGGAGUACGGCGGAUAUGUAUCGGGGCACCCGGCCGGAUCCGGCGAUGACUCCGUUCAAGGUGUUCAUCCGGGAGAACUACCAGAAGACCGGAGAGGCCGAGAUGGUGCACAGUGCCAGGAUGCGGCUGCUCAACGAGCAGUACAAGCGACUGAAGCCGGGGGCUACUGAGCGGAUGGAUGUUUCGUGUUCUUGACUUUCCUCGUUUCUAGUUUCUAUUUUUUAACGUUUAGCUUUAAGCGUAUUUUUUUUUAACGCCAUUUAUUUUUAUUUCAAACGUUACUUGCACGGGUUAUUAUAUUUUUUUGAUAGUCCUAAAAAAAAAGGACGAUUUAAGGACGAAACUAGAAGAACUAAUCUGUGCUGUGCUAUUAAAUAGUUUCUCUUUUUUUUUUAUCUCGCUCUUAAAAAUCAAAAUUUAAGUUUAAACUUUAAAAUUAUUGGAAUAUUUGUGAAAUAAUUAAAUUCAAGCUCUUUUUCGCUUCAUCAUAGUUUAAAAAAAAAUAUCAAAAUUUAAGUUUAAAGUUUUAUAGUCCUAAACUGCACGCAAUCUAUAUAUUUUGUAUAUUUAAAAUUAACAUUAAUGUGACGAUUUAAAUGAAAA